ACUUGUGGAUCGAUUCGGAUAAGCCACCAAACUACCGGUCACCGUUAGGCUUUAUCUUCCUCAAACCAGAACCAGUUAAAUUGUUAUAGACAAAAGCAUGGCGACACGCUUGCCAAACUUUAAUACUUGAUAUGGCGGCUACUCGAAGAAGGCUUGACGUUCUCUGCUCUCAUUUACGCACGACCGAUUCCCCUCCAACUCCUACUCUUUUUACAGGCGUUUCCCUCUCGUUUUGCGCGUCCGGUGAACAGCGAUUGAGCGAUUCUAACGUAGUUACUCAAAACAACGACUGCGUUUUUUGCAAGAUUAUCCGAGGUGAAUCCCCGGCUUUUAAGCUUUUUGAAGAUGAUAUGUGCCUCUGUAUUUUGGAUACUAAUCCACUGAGUCGUGGGCAUUCGCUUAUUAUCCCAAAAUCUCAUUUUCCUUCCUUGGAAGCAACUCCUCCAUCUGUGAUUGCUGCAAUGUGUUCCAAAGUGCCUAUUAUCAGCAAUGCAAUCAUGAAAACAACGGCUUCUGAUUCAUUCAACUUGCUGGUUAACAAUGGUGUAGCUGCAGGGCAAGUUAUAUUUCAUACUCAUAUCCACAUAAUCCCCAGAAAAGCACGUGAUUGCUUGUGGGCUUCUGAGAGUUUGAGGCGGCAUCCCCUAAAGUUAGACCAGGAAACUUCUCGACUUGCAGACCAAGUACGGAAACAGUUAUCAAACAUUUCUGAAGAUACCAAGGGUAUAGAAUCCAGUCUAUCAUGAAUCUUGAUGUUAGCGGGAUCAGAAUGUUAUGUUGUAGUUUAUAAAUUACAUUAUCAUUGUGACAUGUCAUAUAUGGUCAUUCUUUUAAGUUUCUUGCCUGACUUGCAAUCAGGUGCUAGAAAAUUUGGUAUCCAUAGAUACUACUGGUUGCCUCUCUGUGCCUGUCUCUGUUUGUGUAGGUGAGAGAGGGACAGGAGGAUAUAGGGUGGGGCAAGGGUCAUCUUCGUGGUUGAGAAAUUGCCAUGUCUUUGAUUUGAUCUUUGUCAUCUUCAUUGCUCUGCCAUCUGAGUAUUUUGCGCUUGAACACCAUCCAUAUUGAGUAUGAACAUCAUCCUCAUGAAUCUGGAUAACCACUUUGUUCUAGCGUUUCUGCUCUUUCACCUUCUUUGAAAUAACGCAGGAUCAGUUGCUAUUUAGCCUUGUUA